CUCACCCAGCGCCAUGGACGCAGCUUCGUCCCAGGGAAGCCUCCUCAGGAGGGACCCACGCACCGACGGCUGGGCCUUGGUCGGCAAUCUUCAGUUCCUCGUGCUUCUCCUGUCGGCGUACGUUUACGUCGUCAAGAUCGGUGGCCCCCGCUUCAUGAAGCAUCGCCGGCCGUACGACAACAUCAAACCCGUCAUCAUGCUCUACAAUGCCUCCAUGGUGCUCGCCAACUGCUACUUCGUGGUAGCCUUUCUCACCAGGACCUAUCUAGGCGGCGGCUACAACAUUAUUUGCCAGGGAAUCGACUUCGAUGCCCGCGACGAUGCGACCAUAAGCCUCCUCGCCCAUUACUGGAUGUACUUUUGGGUUAGGGUCGCCGAUUUCCUGGAUACGGUGUUCUUCGUGUUGCGCAAGAAGCAAUCGCACGUGUCCACCCUUCACGUGGUCCAUCACGUCCUCGUGGUGUUCAACGGCUGGUUCGGCCUCGCCUACGGAUCGGACGGACACGCAGCCUUCGCGGUGAUCUUCAACAGCUUUGUGCACAUAGUUAUGUACAGCUACUACUUGCUGUCUCUCUUCGGACCAUCCGUUCGGAAGCACCUGUGGUGGAAACGUUACCUGACCCAGUUCCAGAUGAUUCAGUUUGUGAUCCUCAUUGUGCACGUGCUGAUACCGCUGUUCAUCGAUUGUGGCUACCCACGUACGCACAUCCUCAUCGGACUGCCGCAGGGCUUCUUCUUUCUCUUCAUGUUCCUUCGCUUCUACAUCAGUGCCUACGUGGACGGCAAAAGAGCCGCGCACGAUAAAGCCGCGCACGAUAAAGCCGACAAAGCGAAGACCAAGUGAGCCAGGGAGUAACGUUGCUCUCCAGAGCCACCCUAUAGUCACGAAAACCUCUUACGCUACAGCUGUUCGUUAGAGAAACUUUUUAGCCAGUCUUGAUGCUGGACAUGUAUCACUAGCUAAGGCGGCCGACCGAUGACAAAGCUCACUUACGAACAAAAAAAAAAAAAAACUAAUUGAUGAAGCUUGCACUAAGCCGCGCAAGGCUUUAAACAGCGAAACUGAAUGAUUCUGAAGACUAAUCUGGCUGCUUCUAGGUUGCUUCUAGGCCUUAGCUAAGUGAUGCAGGUUGUUUCUAGGUUGCUUAUAGGUCGUUUCUAGGCUUUCGCUAGGUGAUGCUAGGUUGUUUCCACGUUGAUUCUCAGCGCAGAGAGGUUCGAGUUAAACCACCGACAGUCACAGACACGACACGGAUGUCCAAACUCCAGAGACAGAAACUCGCGCUGAAACGAAGCGUUCGCACCUCUCACAGGUCUACGGGCACGUCGUCGUUGGCUUAGGCCUUCCAUCGCUUCGGAGG